AUGGAGCGGAGGAGAUUAGGGGGAGGGAGGGAGGGAGGCGCGGUGCCGUGGAGGGACUAUGGGAGUGGGGUGAAAGCUACAGCUACAGCUACAGGAAGGCGGAGGGGGGAGAAGGAGAAAUAUGAGGCUGGGGGCAAGGCAAGUUCAGGCAGGCGGAGCAAAAGUCAGCUCUGCUCAGCAGCGGGCACGGUGAGGACAGAGAAAGAAGGAAAGAGUUCAUUGGUGGCAGGGCAGGGCACAUCCGGUUUCAUCGUCUCACGUCUAUCCUGCCUGCCACCUCCUGCGUUUAUGGUGGUGAUGUUGCUGUUAGCCUUCUUUUGCAAGGAUGCGGAGUUAUAUGUGGGUGUUGUGGUUGCUGGCCGGCCAGAUCUAGCUCAAUCCUCGCUCGGCAGCGGCAGUCGUCGGUGGCGUGCUCAAAUCUUGGAGCUGGAGAAGUUAGGGCGCGGCCCCGAUUGA